CUCACUGCUGGUACAGUCUCUCUUGCUCUCUGCUGUACAAUCGUUUUCGCUGGAUCAUACCCUGAACAAUGUCGCAACACACCGGCUCCGAAGAGCGUCGGAAACCGUCGCCAUUUGACCUUGACUAUGUAGACGAGAAGCACAUGCAGCAGUUCGAGGAAGCUUUGCGUGCCGACGACUCUGCCAUACUAAGCGACUUCAACGAAGCACCUAAUAGCCCCGUGGUCGGCCCUCAACACUUUGGAACACCAUCCUUUGGGCAGCGCGUGCGGAAGGUCUCCGCAUUGUCGGAUUUUGCACCUGUAAAUCUCAAGGUCAAGAGGCGGAGGCGACCACCCAGACCAGCGCACAAGGGCCGCGAGUGGCUCUACCUCACGCUACGAUGGCCGCUAUUGGGCCUUAUAUUUCUGUUUAUUGCAGCGCAGUUCAGCAUGUACGUCCUAAUUCGACAAUUGGUGAAUGCGAAGGAAUGGAUGUCCGCAUGGCGGGGAAGAAGGGGGAUCUUACGUGCGAGGUUGCGGAAUGCGCGGACAUAUCAGGAGUGGAAGGACGCUGCAUUGGCAUUAGAUGAACAUAUGCUCUUUGAUGACUGGAAGCUUCUUGACGAGGACCCGUACUACGACUGGAAGCUUGUCCGAAAGGUCCGACGUUCGCUCAAGGCCGCUAGAGAGAAGAAUGAUGCACGCAGCGUCCUAGGUGUACUAGAGACUUGCAUCAGGACUAAUUUUGGUGGUGUCGAGUCCGCUAGACUAUACAGCGAGACGUAUUAUGGCACGAAGGUCCUCAUUGAAUCCUACAUUGACGAAGUGGAGAGAGCGCUUGAGUACAUCCGUCACACGCCGGAUAUAUCCAAUGAGGAGAAGAAACGAUUCUUCAAGAGUUGUAAUACCAACCUGGGAACGUCUGCACUGUGCUUAUCAGGGGGCGCGUCCUUCGGCUACUAUCACUUUGGUGUCGUAAGAGCGUUCUUGGAUCAAGAUCUGCUCCCCCGUGUCAUCUCAGGGACGUCCGCCGGUGGCCUCGUUGCGGCGCUCGUGUGUACACGCACGGACGCUGAGCUUCGGGAGCUUCUUGUCCCGGAGCUCGCAAACCGUAUCACUGCAUGCGAGGACACGUUCCAGGUCUGGUUCAAGAGGUUCUGGAUCACAGGUGCAAGGUUCGAUAGCUCAACAUGGGCGAAGAAGGCUUGCUUCUUCACUCGCGGUUCAAUGACCUUCCGGGAAGCCUACAUGCGCACGGGGCGCAUCUUGAACGUCUCUGUUAUCCCUGCUGAGCGUCAUUCGCCGACGAAGCUGCUUAACUACAUUACAGCGCCUGACACUGUCAUCUGGAGCGCCCUCCUGGCGUCCGCCGCUGUUCCUGGCAUCUUGAACCCCGUAGCUCUGAUGCAGAAGACGAAGGAGGGGAACAUCGUGCCGUGGAACUGGGGAAGCAAGUUCAAAGAUGGUUCCUUGAGAGUUGACAUCCCGGUCCAGGCGCUCAAUCUCUACUUCAAUGUCACCCAUCCCAUCGUCUCACAAGUCAACCCGCACGUGCAUCUGUUCUUCUUCGCGCCGCAAGGGUCUGCUGGGAAGCCGGUCGCACAUAGCAAGGGCAAGGGAUGGAGGGGCAACUUCCUCCUGUCUGCUGCGGAACAGUGGCUGAAGCUCGAACUAACGAAGAACUUCAAGUUGAUUCGAGAUCUCGACCUGUUGCCGCAACUCCUCGGGCAAGAUUGGUCCAGCGUGUUCUUGCAGCGCUUCGAAGGCUCUGUGACCAUAUGGCCCCGCACGCGCAUGAUGGAUUGGAUCCAUAUUCUCAGCGACCCGGAUCCCGUGGAGUUGGAGCGAAUGAUGCGCAUCGGACAGCUCGUCACUUGGCCCAAGUUGCACAUGAUCGAGAACCGCCAUCGACUCGAGAGACAGAUCUUCCUCGGCCGCCAGAGCGUCCGCAGAGCGAUGCAAAGUGGCAGUCGCGAGCGGAUGGCGAACAAGAUCGAGUCGAUGCCUCAAGAACCUGUCCCGCCGCCGAACACAGGGACGAACCUCCCAACCUUCCUCGCACCACCUGUGAUGGCAACCAUUACCUCUGAGGAGCCGUUGCCCAUGGACACCGAUGCGGAGGCUGCGUACAUCAACGGUUCCAGCCACCGGGGCUCUCUCGUCCCUCAGGCCUCCACCUCGUCCCACCGUGACCGCGACCACCCCGAGCACGGCUCCGGUCGCCACCAGCCUCGCCGCAGGAGAACGCCGAUCUCGGUACAUGCCGACGGGAGCCUGGACGACAUCGCCGAAGGCGACUUCGGCGCUGCGACGCCCGACCCACCCCCGCCGCCGUCUGGGAGCGAGACCGACCGGCACUCGACACACAGCAGAGGACACCAUGCGCGCGCGUCGGAUACGUCGAGUCUGUUCAAGCGGCUGCGCAAGGCGUCUCUGGGCGCUGCGUUCUCGCCGUUCGCGUCGCUGCGCCGGCCAAUGCGGAGUCCUCAAGCGGAGGGGCAGGUGGUGGCGACGCCCGAGCCUGUGUGGUCGGGCGACAGCUCGUCCGAUGACGACGACCUGUCGGUCAUGUCUUUUAGGCGCAGUCGGUUCCCGUCUGCGUUCGAGUUGCACCAGGCAAUGGACAGGAAUUCGUCGGAUGAGGGCCUGCAGCCAGAGGUUGACCGGGACAGCUGAACGUUGUAUGAAGUACUGUUACACACUCUUUCGCGUUAUGAUUUCCGCUCUGCUAGUGUACAAGCAUGUACAUAACCACCC